ACGAUACUCAAGUUAUAAAACAGAAGUUUUAGAGAAGAAGAUUGGAGAAGAAACGUAAUCUUGCGAUGGAAGAUAACUCGCCGGAGACGACGGAGAAAUUAAUCAGCUCCUUCAUUGAGGUCACAUCUUCGUCUAGAGAAGUAGCUAUAUCUUUUCUUGAAACUCAUCAAUGGAAUCUCAAUGCUGCUGUUUCAACCUACACUAAGAACGAAGUCGCCGUCGCCGCCGAGCCAACUGUUCCAAACCCUAGCGACGAACAACUUCUCCGACGUAAUCAAAGACCGUUCCCAAAUCUUCGAGUCCGUAUCCCUAAUUCAUCUUUUUCUGCGUUUGAUGGCUCUUCCGGUUACUCUCCGUCGCGGUUACAAAUACGACCACCGUUUCCGUCGUAUCCUUCUCGUGGUCAAUUCUAUCUUCAUCAUUCAAAACGUGCAGCAGCUAAUCCAUUUUCGAGGCAGAUGAUUAAACGCCGUCAAGGCGCUGGAAAUGUCCGUAUCGAUGAUUUCUCCGGCGGAACUGGUAGCGAUUCCGAUGAAGCGGUGGAGAACUACGGCGGAGAAGAGAAUAGGUCUCAAUUCUGCAAUCUUGAUGCGAUUUUGGACAGAGCUAUAGAAAAACCUGAGCAAUCAUCAAGAUCAAUGUCUGAAGAAACUGAUUCACCUGAGCUUGAAGAAGAGCUUGAAGAAGAAGAAGAGCCUCAAAAAGUGUUUACGUACACUGUAACAAGCUGGAGCAAUGGUUUCACUGUGGAUGAUAGUUCGUUAAAGACGUUGGAUGACCCGGAAAAUGCAUAUUUUCUUGAGAUCAUAUCGAAGAUGGAGUCCCCGCGUGAACUCGCUCAAGUCCGUGUUCAAGUCAAAAUCAUUAGGCGUGAAGAAGAAAACUUCACUGAAUCACAAACCGGAUCAGACUCUGCCUCAACUGAGCCACCAGCUUUAGCUGCCUCACUAUCAAUGAGCUUUAGUGGGAACCUUGGAAAGCUAAAAGAUGUCGAUGCGAUUUUCGACAGAGCUAAGGAGUCAGCUAUAGAAAGAUUUGAGCAAUCAUCAAAGGUAAUGUGUGGAGAAACUGAUUCAGCUGAGCUUCAAGAAGAACAGCAAGAAGACCAGCCAUAUAAAGUAGUCACGUCCACUGUAACUAUUUGGAGGAAUGGUUUUACUGUCGAUGAUGAUCCGUUUAAGAGUUUGGAUAACCCGGAAAAUGCAGCCUUUCUUGAGGAAUCACCUUCAUUCCACGGUGUCGAAAGAACUCUAACCGAAUCAGACUCUGUCUCUACUGAGCUACCAACUUUAGCCGCCUCACCGCCAACAUCAAUGGGCUUAUUAGUGGUAGAUCCUACAGCGCCAACAACCUCGAUUCAGCUCAGAUUAGCAGACGGCACAAGCCUAGUCACCCAGUUCAAUACUCACCACACCAUUAGAGACGUCCGAGGCUUCAUAGACGCGUCUAGACCAGACGGCUCCAAAGACUACGAAUUACUCAUCAUGGGGUCUCCUCCUACACCACUGCUUGACUUUGACCAAACCAUCGAGAAAGCUGGCAUCACCAACUCUGUCCUCGUCCAAAAAUUCUAGCUCAUUUCCUAAGUACAUGAGACCAUUACUUUAGUUACAGUUGGUAAAUAACAUCAGAAACUUUCUUUGACUUUUAGUAGUCUUGAUGUGUUUGACUCAAAAUUUUAGACUAGAAUCAGUCUUGAUCUUAAUGACGUCAUAAUGAAAUGUGAUUGGUUCA